AUGGCGACACGGCAGGCACGCAAGAUGCUCGCUCUCCGUCGUUGGGGCAUGUAUUUGCUAUUACUGCUGGUUCCUGGGUCGGUCUCCGCCACGCUUCGCCUUCACCAAGACCGGAGAUCUGUGCUGCCGCAGGCGCGAGGCUUCUCGCUGGUGAACGUGCGCGAGGAGGUUGUGCAGGGCUUGGGCAGCGAAACUCGAAUCGUGCGCUUUGCGCGAGAAGUGCAGGCGGCACCGACCGUGCACCGGAAUCGGCGAAGCCCCGCGGAGUCACCCGUGCCCAAGGUUUAUGGAAGGGCCAACCUAAAUGACUCCCAUAACCAGAUGGUUGUCCAUUGGGCUGGAGAGAAGAGUAACGUGAUCGUGGCUCUUGCCAGAGACAGCAUCAGUGCAGCCAACCCCAAGAGCAGCUCGGUCUACGUAUCCUAUGACUAUGGAACCACCUUCACCCACAUAUCGGAGAAGUUUAAGAUGUCUGGUGAGAAGGAGAACAGCAAGCAGGUGAUCUCCCAAUUCUACCACAGCCCUGCAGACAAUAAACGGUACCUUUUUGCGGACACCACAAACAGUUACCUGUGGAACACCUUCGACUUCUGCAAGAGUGUCCAGGGCUUUGCAACCCCAUUCAAACCUACCGACCUGCUGCUCCACAGCCAGAGACCUAGUCUGGUCCUGGGCUAUGACAGCUCCCACCCAGACAAGCAGCUGUGGAAAUCGGAUGACUUUGGAGAGACGUGGGUUCUGAUUCAGGAACAUGUCAAGUCCUACUUCUGGGGGGUGGAGCCGUACGACGGGCCCAGCACGGUGCUCAUCCAGAGGCAUGAGCCCCAGGGCGUCUCCAGUGUCCUCAGCAGCACCGACUUCUUCCAGAGCGAGGAAAACCGGAAGAUUAUCCUGGAGAGAGUGGACAGCUUUCAGCUCCGGGACAAGUACAUGUUUGCUACCACCACCAGGGGGACCCGGGAGCCGCGCUCUGUGCAGCUGUGGGUCUCCUACAACCGGCAGCCCAUGAAAGAGGCCCAGUUCAACACCCGCCACCCCAUCACAGAGUACUACAUAGCGGACGCUUCGGAGGACCAGGUGUUUGUGUGUGUGAACCACAACAACAACGUCACACACCUGUACAUCUCGGACACACAGGGCCUGGCCUUCUCUCUGUCCCUGGAAAACGUGCUUUACUACAGCCCCGAGGGCUCCGGGAGCAACACCCUGAUCAGGUACUUUGCCAACGAGCCAUUCGCUGACCUGCACCGUGUGGAAGGCCUGCGGGGAGUGUUUGUGGCCACGCUGCUCAACGGCUCUGUCAGCGAGGACAACAUGCGCUCGGUCAUCACCUUCGACAAAGGUGGCACCUGGGAGCUCCUUGAGCCGCCCACCACUGACAGCCUGGGCGGCACCAUAGACUGCCAGCUCUCUAAAGGUUGCUCACUGCACCUGUCUCAGCGCUGGAGUCAGCUGUUGAAUAUUCAGUUGCGCAGGAUGCCCAUCCUGUCCAAGGAGUCUGCACCUGGCCUCGUUAUGGCAACAGGGUCCGUGGGACGGAGCUUGGCCAAUAAGCCCAACGUCUAUGUGUCGAGCAGUGCAGGCACUCGGUGGAGAGAGGCUCUGGCCGGGCCGCACUUCUACACCUGGGGGGACCACGGGGGCAUUCUGAUGGCCAUCGCUCAGGGCGGCUCCACCAGGACACUCAAGUUCAGCACCAACGAGGGCGAGACGUGGACGGAGUUCCAGUUCUCCGAGCGCGAGGUCUACGUGUACCAGCUGCUGACGGAGCCCGGCGAGAAGAGCACCGUCUUUACCAUCUUCGGUUCCUAUGCCGAGCAGCUGCACAGCUGGCUCAUCCUGCAAGUUAACGCCAGCGACGUGCUCGGUGUGCCGUGCUCAGAGGGUGACUACAAGCACUGGUCCCCGUCAGACGAGCGGGGCAACAGCUGCCUGUUAGGGCGGGAGCUGGUGUACAAGCGCCGCACGCCCCACGCCACCUGCUUCAACGGGGAGGACUUCGACCGGCCCGUCAGCCUGUCCAACUGCUCCUGCACACGGCAAGACUACGAGUGUGACUAUGGCUUCAAGCUGAGUGAGGACCUGUCCCUGCAGGUGUGUGUACCCGACCCAGAGUUCUCAGGCAACCUGUACGCCCCUCCAGUGCCCUGCCCAGUGGGCACCACCUACCAGCGAAGCAAAGGGUACAGGAAGGUGCCCGGGGACAGCUGUAGCGGUGGGGACGUGGAGUCCAGGCUGGACGGAGAGGAGCUGCCCUGUCCUGUUGGAGAGAGUAAUGAGUUCCUCCUGUAUGCCGUGAGGACUUCCAUCCAUCGCUAUGACCUGGCCACGGGGCUGGACCAGACCCUGCCUCUCUCCGGCCUCCACGAGGCCGUGGCUCUGGACUUUGACUACGAGAGGAACUGCCUGUACUGGGCAGACAUUUCACUGGACACCAUCCAGAGGCUCUGUCUGAAUGGCAGCUCUGGGCAGGAGGUGAUAGUCAGAAAGGACCUUCAGAACGUGGAGGCUCUGACCUUCGACCCCGUCAGCAGACUGCUGUACUGGGUAGAUGCCGGGGCUCAGAAGAUUGAGGUGGCAAACCCUGACGGUGACCUGAGACGAACCCUGCUGAACUCCUCUGUGUUGGAGCAUCCACGUGCCCUGACCCUCAUUCCUGGAGAGAGCCUGAUGUUCUGGACGGACUGGGGCGACCGGGCGGCCGGUGUGUACCGCAGCUGGAUGGACGGCUCCAGCGUGUCAUGCAUUGUGUCGGAGGGCGUGCGCUGGCCCAACGGUAUUGCGGCCGACGACCGCUGGCUGUACUGGACAGAGGCGCAUGGCGACCGCAUCGAGAGAGCCGACUUCACGGGGGGCCAGCGCAGCGUCCUGAUUGGGGGUCUGCCGCACCCCUACGCCAUCGCGGUGUUUAAAAAUGAUCUGUACUGGGAUGACUGGUCCAGAAUGGGCAUCUUCAAGGCGCCCAAAUCGGGCUCGCAGAGCAGCGUCUUGCUGGUGGGGAGACUGACCGGCGUUAUGGACCUCAAGAUCUUCUACAAGGGCAAGACCAGAGGUCACAACGCCUGUGCGGACCAGCCGUGCAUGCUGAUGUGCCUGCCCCAGCCUGGCCACAAACGCAGCUGCGUGUGUCCAGAUGGAGUGACCACCAGCACAUUGCCCUCGGGGGAGCUGCAGUGCCAGUGCCCCGCUGGGUACCAGCUCAGAAACAACACCUGUGUGAAGACAGAGCACACUUGCCUGCCCAACCAGUACCGCUGCUCCAACGGCAAAUGCAUCAGCAGCAUAUGGAAGUGUGACAGCGACAACGACUGUGGAGACAUGAGUGACGAACAGGAGUGCCCGACCACAUCCUGCGAUGCGGCCGUACAGUUCCGCUGCGUGGCGUCGGGCUCCUGCAUUCCUCUGGCUUUCAAGUGCGACCACGAGGAUGACUGUGGUGACAACAGUGACGAAGAGCACUGCGAGUCUCAUCAGUGUGGACCAGGCGAGUUCACAUGUGCCAGAGGGGUCUGUAUCCGCGAAGCCUGGCGCUGUGAUGGAGACAACGACUGCAGGGACUGGUCCGACGAGGCCAACUGCACAGUGGGCCACCAUACGUGUGAGAGCAGCAGCUUCCAGUGUCAGACGGGUCACUGCAUUCCGCAGCGCUGGGUGUGCGACGGUGAUGACGACUGCCAGGACAGCUCCGACGAGGAGCCGAGUCGCUGCGAGGGCGAUCGCUGCAAUGGAUUCCUGUGUUCAAACGGCACCUGUCUGCCGGCCAGCGCCCACUGCAAUGGCGUCGAAGAUUGCCCAGGGGGCGCAGAUGAGCAGCACUGCGACCCGCUGUGCACGCGCUACAUGGAGUUUGUGUGUAAGAACAGAGCACAGUGUCUGUUCCAAUCACUGGUGUGUGAUGGCACCAGGCACUGUGCAGAUGGCUCUGACGAGGACGCGGCGUACGCCGGUUGCUCUACCCGCCCUGAGUUUGAGAAGACGUGCGACGCCAACAACUUCCAGUGUGCCAACGGUGCGUGUGUGAGUCUGGAGUGGAAGUGUGACGGCAUGGACGACUGCGGUGACUACUCAGACGAAGCCAACUGUGGUUCUCCCACUGAGGAGCCGGGCUGCUCACGCUACUUCCAGUUUGAGUGUAAGAACGGCCGCUGUGUUCCCACCUGGUGGGAGUGUGAUGGGGAGAAUGAUUGUGGAGACUGGUCUGACGAAGCCAAGUGUACAGGGGGCGCUCACCAAACGCCUGCACCAGGUCCUGGCUCCUGUGCUCCUAACCGGUUCCGCUGUGGCUCGGGUGCAUGCGUUGUGAACAGCUGGGUGUGUGACGGCUACGCUGAUUGUCCUGACGGCAGUGAUGAAGUGGGCUGCCCCACGGUCUCCAACAGCUCGGCGAGCCAGACGCCUGUGCCCACCCCGGGGCGGGACCCAGUGGGGCGCUGUGUUAGGGGACAGUUCCUCUGCCAUAAACCCCCCAUCUGCGUCCCGGAGUGGCAGCACUGUGACGGACACCCCCACUGUCAGGACGGCUCGGACGAGGCCAGCUGUCCCACACAAGUGCCACUGGCCUGUGUGAAUGGGACGCUGUGCUCUGAUGGCGAGGUGUGUGUGUCAUACAGUGAGAGGUGCGAUGGCUUCUUGGACUGUUCAGACCACAGCGACGAGGACAACUGCACAGCUGACUCGCUGGUUUAUAAAGUCCAGAACCUGCAGUGGCGCGCAGACUUCUCCGGUGCCGUCACACUCACCUGGUCCCGGCCCAAAAACAUGCCACCGUCUUCCUGCUCCUUCCUCAUCCACUACAGGCUGGUGGGGUCUCAGCAGUGGACCACCAUGGACACUCACAGUAAUAAGAGCAGCUACAACCUGACAGUGCUGCAGCCGGACUCCACCUACCAGGUGAAGGUGGUGACACAGUGUCUCAGUAGACAACACAAGACCAACGAGGUGCUGACACUCCGGACACCCGAGGGCUUGCCGGACCCUCCGCAGUCCCUCCAGUUGAGCUGUGGUAACUCUGAGGAUGGUAUGGUUCUGUGUUCCUGGAGCCCCCCAGAUCACGCCCACGGCCUUGUCAGACAGUACAUCGUGGAGUACAGUGAGAGAGGCAGUUCCGAGUGGUUUUCCCAGCCCAGUACCAGCACCAGUGCGGAGGUUAAGAGCCUGCAGCCUAGCACCCUCUACAGGUUCAGGGUAGCUGCGGUGACCAGUAGAGGAGUGGGCAACUGGACUGAGAUCAAAUCCAUCAUCCCACAGAGAGCUCUGGCUCCUCCUGUUACAAAGAUCACCAGCAUCACAGAAGACUCGGUGACCAUGUCAAUCAGCACUGAUUACAAGACUAAGCACUACGUGGUGGUGCUCUCGUGGGUCUUCGACAAGCACGUGAAGGAGAGCUGGAAUUACAACGUGUCAGGCACCCUUACAGCCACCAAUCUGACAGCGGGCACGCAGUACGAGGUGGCCGUGUGGGCUCACACCGCGGACGGAGACAGUCCCACCACCCAGACCCACCUUCAGACCGGGGGCCACCAGCCCAUCCAACCCCUGCUGAAGGCCCGAGCCCUUAACCAGACUGCCGUGGACUGCAGCUGGACAGGGCCUGAUGCACAGGUGUAUGGCAUCUUCUACGCCACCUCAUUCCUGGAUCUGUACCGGCGGCCCUGCACUGUGAACACCAGCAGCACGAGCCUCACCGUUACCGUGGAGAGUGACGAGCAGUACCUCUUUCUUGUGCGGGUGAUCACGCCCUACCUGGGCCCACCAUCCGAGUCAGCCGUGGUGAAGAUGAUCCCCAAUGAGAGACUGCCCCCCCGCAACUUGCACAAGGUUCAAGUGGACAAGACACAGGCCACGUUAAAAUGGCAGCCACCAUAUGACUCUCCAGGCUCUCCUUUGACGUAUGUUGUGCACGUGAGAGACGUGGUGCGGAAGACGGACCGUGAUUACAAACUGAGCACCCAGAGCAACACGGUGGAGUACAACCUGAAAGACCUGGAGCCCGGCGGACGCUACGUCGUAACUGUCCGCAUGCGCAACAUGAGCAAGGAGGCCACCUACACCCUUAACACAGUUCCUCUGACGGCCCCUGAGGCGCUGAAGAUCAUUACCGAGCAUGACCACGUUUUCCUCUUCUGGAAGAGCCUCGCAGUCAAGGAGCGGAGCUUCAACGAGAGUAGGGGCUACGAGGUCUUCAUGUACGACAGCGUGAGUAACUCCAGCCUGGGGCUGGGGAACACCACGGAGACGUUCUUUCGCAUCAGUAACCUGCUGGUGGGCCACAACUACACGUUCUCGGUGCGCGCACGCUGCCUCGUGAACGGACAGCUGUGCGGAGACGCUGCUGUGCUGCGCUACGACGAGCUGGCCACAGGGGCCGGAGGUCCCGGCGAGGACGCGGCACGCUCGGCCCGAUCAGGAGACACGGCGGCGGUGGUGGUUCCGGUCCUGUUCCUGCUGCUGCUGGCCGUGUGCGGCGGCCUGGCGUUCUUGUUCGCGCACCACCGCCGCCUGCAGCGCAGUUUCACCGCCUUCGCCAACAGCCACUACAACUCGCGCCUCGGCUCCGCCGUCUUCUCCUCAGGAGAUGAACUGGGUGACGAGGACGAGGACGCCCCCAUGAUCAGUGGCUUUUCAGAUGAUGUUCCCAUGGUGAUAGCAUAGUGGGGCCACUCUUUUCUUUCCACCUGAUCACUCUAUUCUCCUCUCUUUCUUUUUGUCUCUAUUCAUCUCACGUAAGUUUUCACACAUCAGCCCCGCCCCAACCCCCAAAUAUGCUGAUUUCAGGAUAAUGAAGAGGAAUAGAGAAAACAGAGCAAAAGAGAUAUUUUUUAAAUCCAAGAUGCACUUUUCUGGAUGCGCAAUAACUUAUUUUUUUAUAUAUAAUAAUAUACCAUUUGUGGGUGAGAAACUUUAUAGGUGAAGAGAUGAAAACAAACCCAAAUGAAAGCAAGCUGUGAAGAGGUUUGUCGGCUGGGCAGGUGGCCGAGGACGGUGCCCAGACACACCUGAGAGUCGCAGACGUACCUGUGCCAGGACGCUCCAGAGCAAAGGAAAGAAAAACUGAAACAAGUUUUUUAAAAAAGUACAAAUUAAAAAAUGGACAAGUGAACAUUGGUUUAGAAAGGGCAGGAAUGGUACUUGGGCUCUCGACAGUGAAUUGCACAGAAUGUGAUUGUUAUAUAUUCUUUUGUUGUCUCCGUCAGUAGAGCUAUAUUGGCCUGUAGUAGUUUAUCAAUAUGUCCGAUGUUAUUUCUGUCCUUCCCUUUUAUUUUUACAUUUUUGCUCCACAUAUCGCUUUAGAACCUGUAAAGGUGUAGUCCUCUGCUUGUGGAAAAUGUGAACUCUCCAGUUUGUUUUAGGGUGCGGUCAUGUUUCCAUCAUUUACCUGCUGCAGUGCAACAUUUCCUGGAAGGUGUUUAGGAAUGGCUUGCUUAUUCUUAUCGUGCUCUCCUGCGCACGGGCAGCGUCAUGGCCAUCAGAGCGCAUCUCCUACAUCUCUACAUCACACUGAUUUCUUUUACCGUUGUUUAUUUGAACUGAGAUCUCGUCAGUAAUGGUGACAACACACACCGCACACACCAUUCACUGUCAUCGUCAGUCCUUUGAUGCUCUCAGGGAACAGUGUGUGUGUGUGUGUGUGUGUGUGUGUGUGUGCGUGCGUGGCAGCGGGACAUUGCAUUAGCAGCAUGUGUGCGGGACAGCGUGCAUCUCUGAGGCAGUGGUGCAGUACAUUGGCGUUCUUUAAACCUGUCCCUGUGCCCAUCAGUCAAGAACUGUUAGCGUCUGGUACCGAGGGCAGUGAUGUGGAAGCGCACAGGUCUCAGUACUGCUCCAGC